UGAAGAUAAUGUUGGAGUGUUGGACCGGUUAAGAGGGUCCUAUCUUCCAUUUCACAUUUAAACUAAAGCCCAAAUACUGAGUAGAAUUCUUUCUCCGCACUAGGGCAGCGUCUUCCGAUUUCUCAACCCUCCCCGGCUCCGGGCUUCUAUUCCAGCGAUCGUUCAUCCAUUUCCAUUUCCAUUUCCGAGUACACGGGCAAGUUGAAGAAGAGCAAUAUGGUGGGAUUCCAAAUGCAGCCAUAUGCAAUGCAAUCUAUGCUUAAAGAAGGCCACAAGCAUCUGUCUGGUCUCGAUGAGGCUGUGAUUAAGAACAUUGACGCCUGCAAGCAGCUCUCCGGCAUAACUCGAACUUCAUACGGACCGAAUGGCAUGAAUAAGAUGGUUAUCAACCAUCUUGAUAAGCUUUUCAUUACCAAUGAUGCUGCUACGAUUGUGAAUGAACUUGAGAUCCAGCAUCCUGCUGCCAAGAUUUUGGUGUUGGCAGCAAAAGCUCAGCAAGAAGAGAUUGGUGACGGGGCCAAUCUGACUAUUUCUUUUGCUGGAGAGUUGCUUCAAAAUGCUGAGGAACUGAUUCGGAUGGGGUUACACCCUAGUGAGAUCAUCAUUGGAUACAAUAAAGCAAUUAAUGAGACUAUUAGAGUAUUAGAAGAACUAGUUGUUGAAGGCUCAGAAAAUAUGGAUGUCAGAAACAAGGUAGAAGUUGUUUCUAGGAUGAAAGCUGCAGUUGCAAGCAAACAAUUUGGACAAGAAGAUAUUUUGUGCCCUCUCAUUGCUGAGGCAUGUAUACAAGUGUGUCCUAAGAACCCUGCUAAUUUCAAUGUGGACAAUGUUCGUGUUGCUAAGCUAUUGGGUGGAGGUCUACACAAUUCAACAAUAGUUAGAGGCAUGGUAUUGAAAAGCGAUGCUGUUGGGAGCAUUAAGAGAAUGGAAAAGGCAAAGGUUGCUGUUUUUGUUGGGGGAGUUGAUACAUCUGCAACCGAAACAAAAGGAACAGUUCUUAUUCAUAGCGCUGACCAGCUUGAGAACUACGCAAAAACUGAGGAAUCCAAGGUUGAAGAUCUCAUUAAAGCAGUUGCGGAUUCUGGUGCUAAGGUCAUUAUUAGUGGAGGUGCUGUUGGAGAGAUGGCACAGCAUUUUUGUGAACGUUACAAGCUCAUGGUUAUAAAAAUUAGCUCCAAAUUUGAGCUGCGACGUUUUUGCAGAACCACUGGUGCUGUCGCUCUUUUGAAGCUCUGUCAACCAAAUGCUGACGACCUUGGAUAUGUUGAUUCUAUCUCAGUGGAAGAAAUCGGUGGUGUUAGGGUUACAGUCGUACGAAGUGAGGAAGGGGGUAAUUCUGUGUCCACCCUCGUUCUACGAGGCAGCACUGAUAGUAUAUUGGAUGACCUUGAAAGGGCAGUUAACGAUGGUGUAAAUACUUAUAAGGCGAUGUGUAGGGACAGUAGAACAGUACCUGGAGCUGCAGCCACUGAAAUUGAGUUGGCAAGGAGGUUGAAGGAGUUUUCUUUUAGAGAGACUGGCCUUGACCAAUAUGCAAUUGCCAAGUUUGCUGAAAGUUUUGAAAUGGUUCCUAAAACACUUGCUGAGAAUGCUGGACUUAAUGCUAUGGAAAUUAUAUCAUCUUUAUAUGCUGAGCAUGCUGCUGGGAGCACUAAAGUAGGCAUCAGCUUGGAAGAAGGAGCGUGCAAGGAUGUUGCUACCAUGGAUAUAUGGGACCUCUAUAUCACCAAGUUCUUUGCUCUGAAAUAUGCUGCCGAUGCUGUGUGCACAGUUCUUCGAGUAGACCAGAUUAUAAUGGCAAAACCAGCUGGUGGUCCAAAGAGAGGAGCGCAGCCGGGAGGAGGAAUGGAUGAGGAUUGAGUUGCGUGGAGAGUUCUUUGCCGUUGUAACAGCCCCUAAGUUUUGGCCUUAAAGUUGAUUAUUUGUAUGGUUAUUGUUGGUGUUAUUAUCUUGGGGUACACAUGCUUGGCACAGUGAUUUUUGAUGUUUAGUUGUCAAUCUUAAUGCGAACUUUAAUGUUAGUUCUUUUAGUGCUAGUCAAGUCCUCUGAAAUGGUAACUGUUUCAAAAUUACCAGCAAUUGCAAGUGAUAAAGUGAGCAUUGUGCUGCCAAAGUGGUUAUAUUCGCUCAUUUGUGGUCGAGGUUUGGGAUCGGUUCAUAAAUUGAGUCAUGACACUUGAAGCGUUCAUCCUUAAUUCCCUGGUACUGCUGAACUGCAUGUCUAUCACGGUUUAAGGUUCCUAUGACAAAAAUGGCACGCUUGUUCAGAAUUUUAGAUAACAGUAGAAACAAUGGCCCUAAUAUUACUAUUAGUGUGUUUGCAUUUCCAAAAGUAUGACUUUUUAUUUUUUCCUUAAAUGUGCCUUUAAUUAAUUC